ACCUCUUGUGUGAGCUCCUGCCCCCAAAGAAACGCCAUCACGAGCUCCCACAGCUCCACCCGAGGUUUCCCGCCAGGGCAGAGGAGGACGGGCCCCCGCAUGCCGCGAGGGCUGCCCCGGAGGUCCUCGAGGAAAGCGAGCGACGGGGGCCCGGCGCCGCCCUGUGCCGCCCCGGUGGCUUCCCAGAGCAACAGCCGGCCUGAGGACGCGGAAGCUUCCAGGGGGCAGAAACGCACCUGGGAGAAUGGCCCCCCCACAUCGGACAGUCCCAGGCCCGGAAAACGCAGGUUUCCUCUGCUGCCGCGCAGGCGAGGGGAGCCGCUGAGGCUGCCCGCACCCCCUGAGCUGGGUUUCCGAGUCACCGCCGGAGACCUGGACGCGGAGAAAGCAGCGGCGCUCCGGCGCAUCAACAGCGCGCUGCGGGAUGAGACCCCGUCCCCGCAGCCCUACCGUCCCUUCCCCGCGCCGGCCGACCCUCCGGUCCCCGGCAGGGCUCCUCGGCCCGAGAGAGGCCAGAGGGAGUCGGCCUCCCCAGCGCCAGUAGACGCCCGGGAGUCUGCUGGAGGGGCCCCCGCUGCGCAUCCUUGGUCAGGGGGAAGGCACGGCUCCUCCCGGCCCCUGUCUCCCAGGUCCCAGCCCCUCCCGGGCCCUCCUUCCCACUCACGGCCCCCCGGCCCUUUCACCUUGCCCACCCAAGCUUCCUCCCCAGGAUCGGGCAGCGCGAGCCUGAAUGCUCGGCCGCCAAGCCCCUCGGCCCCUGCUUCGGCCCCCGCAACAGGCACGGCGGGUGCGAGGGGAAGCCCGGCUCCGGCCUGGGCCCCGGGUUCGGCUUGGCUUCCCGGCUUCCAGAGGCCCGUCCGGGGGCCUCUUAGGAGCGCGGCAGGAGGAGGAGGCCUUUGCCAGCCCCCGGCCGGGCCGCGCUGCCCAGCAGUCAGUGGAUCACGCACAGCCCCCUGCAGGCCGGGGGGCUCGGCCGCACCUCGGGGC